UACAAACAGCUGAGGAGCUAGCUCAGGAGCUAGCGUUAGCUCAGACAGCUACAGUGUAUUAGCUGCUAAAACAACAUAACCAAUGUUUGUGUGACUAGUCUGCAGAUACACCAGUAUGACUGACAUACUGGUCUAACUGGGCGAAGUGGUUUUUUUUCUUUUAUUCCGGCUAGUUGAUCCUUUUAGCCGUGAGCUAGUUAGCUUGCUUUAGCUAGCUAGCUAGCUAGCUGUCGCCGGGUUGUGUUGUUCUCUGUAGGAGUGUUCUGUUGUUCUGUGACACAUGAGUGUGUCUCUGGUGGUUAUCCGUCUGGAGUUGGCCGACCAGUCUCCUUGUCCUCAGGGUUUCCAGUACUCUGCUGUUGAGGGCAUGUCAGAGAAGGAGCUGCAGGAGAAAGCUCUGGGUGUAGCCAAACACACUCUGAGUGGAAAGACGGAUCUGGAGAGAGCAGCUGUUCUGCACCAACACAUCGGUAGCAGAGCGAUGGGGGACAUGGUGAUAGAAACCUUUGAGCCCAGCCCAGAUAAGGGAGGAGGUGAAGACCCCAGUGGUUCCUCAGAGCAGGAUGGAGAACCUCAGGCUGCACGGACUGAAGCAGACGGUCUGGAGGGAACCGGGGCUUCACAGGACGGCGAGGCGAGCGGAGCCACGCCCGACUCGCCCUCCAAACAGCUGCCCGACCAGAUCUCCUUCUUCAGCGGGAACCCGUCGGUGGAGAUCAUCCACGGCAUCAUGCACCUCUACAAGACCAAUAAAAUGACGUCUCUGACUGAGGACGUGCGACGCAGCGCCAUGGUGUGCAUCCUGACCGUCCCCGCCACCAUGACCAGCCACGACCUCAUGAAGCUUCUGGCGCCUUUCAAUGAAGUCAUGGAGCAUAUGAAGAUCAUCCGGGACUCCACCCCGAACCAGUACAUGGUUCUGAUCAAGUUCUGCUCGCAGGCAGACGCAGACAGUUUCUACACGGCGUGUAACGGACGCCAGUUCAACUCCAUCGAGGACGCAGUCUGCCAGAUGGUUUAUGUGGAGCGGGCCGAGGUCAUAAAGUCUGAAGAGGGAGCCAGUCUGCCGGUGAUGGAGCUGACGGAGCUGCCAAAGUGCACCGUGUGUCUGGAGAGAAUGGACGAGUCCGUCAACGGCAUCCUCACCACUCUCUGCAACCACAGCUUCCACAGCCAGUGUCUGCAGCGGUGGGACGACGCCACGUGUCCUGUGUGUCGAUACUGUCAAACUCCAGAACCGGUGGAGGAGAACAAGUGCUUUGAGUGUGGAGUUCAGGAGAACCUGUGGAUCUGUCUGAUCUGCGGUCACAUCGGUUGCGGCCGCUACGUCAGCCGGCAUGCCUACAAGCACUUUGAGGAGACGCAGCACACCUACGCCAUGCAGCUCACCAACCACCGCGUGUGGGACUACGCAGGAGAUAACUACGUUCAUCGGCUGGUGGCCAGUAAGACUGACGGGAAGAUGGUUCAGUACGAGUGUGAAGGAGACACCUGCCACGCUGAGAAAAUAGAUGCGCUUCAACUAGAAUACUCGUACCUGCUGACGAGUCAACUGGAGUCUCAAAGGAUUUACUGGGAGAAUAAGAUCGUUCACCUGGAGAAGGAGACGGCCGAGGAGAUAAACAACAUGAAGGUUAAAUUCAAGGAGACUCUGGAGCGCUGCGACAACCUGGAGCGACGCUUUGGAGAAAUAAGCAAAGAGAAGCAGGGCAUCGAGAAAAAGUGCACUCAGCUGCACACUCGGGUGGUGAAGCUGAGUCAGGAGCUGAAGGAGGAGCAGGAGAUGAACCGCUGUCUGAGAGCCAAUCAGACGCAGCUGCAGGCCCAGCUGGCAGAGGAGGAGCGCAAAGGAAAGGAGAGCGGUGAGUGUAAAGACGGAGCGAUCUCGGAGCUCCAGGAGCAGCUGAGGGACGUCAUGUUCUACCUGGAGGCCCAGCAGCAGAUCGAACACCUUCCUCCGGAGGCUCGCAGCGAGAUCCAGGAGGGACAGAUCAACAUCGGCGCCAGCCCGUCGGACGGCGCCGGAGCAGGCCCCGCCUCCUCCUCCGGCAGAGGGAGGAGGGGCCGAGGCAGGAAGAGGAAGUAACACCUCCUGGAGAACCUGCUAGAAAAGACUAUCAGACACAUGACGGCGCUCCAUUCUUCACGUUUCUGCGUCGUCUUUGAAAGCACUCCGAGGAGAAAAAACAAAGACUCUAAAGCUUCAACUUGUUUAAGAAGACAUUAAAUAUUUACCUGCACAUUUUCCCACCUUUUAUGUAUCUUCUACGUGAAGAACAGUGGAUCAUGCUGGAGGAGGUCUCCGUCAUUACAGACAAAAACACUCGCUUGUUGUUUUCCAGAUGUAUUUAACAUCUCAGUUAAAUACCUUCAGCUCUAAAAAGAUUAUUAAUUACAAAAAAGUCAAAAUUAUGUUCAUUUGUUCCCACUUUAAUACCCUGUUAAAGUACUUCAUAUAAAGUCUGUUUAAAAUAUAAAGAUUGUUUUCUUUAAUGUGAGAAACAGAAGCCGGUAGAUGAAUGUUUGCUUUUAUGUUUUCAGAACUUUUGUGUUUUAUUCUUCAGUAAAAUGCAGAAAUGUUUUUAUUUUUACCGACAUUUUUUCUCAAUGGUUUCCAAAACGUAGUAAUAUUUUAUGGUACUUGUACACAACUGGAGUAUUUUCAUUUUGUGCUACUUUAUACUUUUACUCCACUUUGUUUCAGUAGAAAAUAGGACGUAGUUUUCACUCCACUGUUCUCAUUUUACAGCCGUUGUUACUUUACAGAACCAUAUUUUACAUGAAAAACAAUAUAAUCAUUAUACAAAAUAUGAUAAAUGAUUAUAAUAUGAGCUGCAAUUAAGACUGUUGACAGGAAAUUAAUCGGCCUCUAUUUGAUUAAUUGUCUUUUUUUAGGGGAAAGAAUUCAAAAAUGAUUUGGUUUAAGCUUCUAAAAUAUGAUAAUUUGCUGCUUUUCUUUGAAUUUAAAUAAUAUUAUGAAUAUUUGGGGAUUUUGGACAGUUAGUUAGACUAAACAAGAUAUUUAUCAAUUAGUUAUAAAUGCUUAUUAAAUAAAUCUGAAUGAAAAGUUCAAUUUAGCUCCACAUUGAUCAGCUGCAACGUUAAAAAGCUCCGUACACGUUAAUGCAUCAGUAAUAAUCAAUAAUUUAAAGUAACACUCAGAAAGGGGAAAGAGUACUUUUGGUACUUUUUUUGCUGCUGAUACUUUUUCGGUUUUGGCUGCAGGACUUGGACUUGUAUUGCAGUAUUUUUACAGCUUAGUAUUUCUACUUUUUUUCUUCAGUUAAGGAGUUGAGAGAACGGGGCAGCUGAUCUGGGUUCUGUUUUCUGACCUAAAGCUGUGAGUGAUGUGAGUCUGUACGUCUGUCCUGUAUACAAAGAAACGAUCACAUGACCUAUUUUGACAACAUUGGUGGGAUCUAUACGACCUUUAAGGUACGACCCUGAACUAGAGGUCAGAGUGUAGAGGGAGAAACAGGAGGCCCUUUAACUCCUUUGAGUCUUUUUUGCAUUUAGUUUGUUACUUAGAGAAACAUUAUUACUGCAAAAUGUUCAUGUGAAAGCUUUAGACGGACCCUGAAGGCCUUAAUUCAGUGGACAUGUUUGUGCUUUUAUUAAACCAUUUGGUUCAUAAAGUCAUUUGUACUGUACGGAUAGAAAACAAGAUGCAUUUUGACGGGCAUUUGUGAAAUAAACGCUUUCUGGCCAAGAACGUACGGAAGCCCUGAGAGGAAAAAAAACUGUAUUAAUUAUUUUCUUUUCUUAAAUUAUCUUACCAUAACUUUUUUUCAAUUUAUUUUACAGA